AUGGCAUACUCGAAGCAUUUUCACUGUGAGUCUCCUCCACUACGUGCCCGUCAUAAUAUGGACCGGGAGAAGCCGGUAUGUUUCACGACGAAGGGCAAGGCGACUGAGACGGAGCUGGAUGAGCAUGGCACGAUUUGUGUGGGUGCGAAUGCAACGACGUACUUGCGAUCGGAAGGCACACGCCUGAUGGAGUUCGCCAUUCACAGCAUCAAAAAUGUCACACUGAACAUGUGCGCCAACGCAUGCACUACUAAAGCUGAGGGCCAUGAGUGCUCAUCGUUCGAAUACGACGCGCGGUCUCAGGAGUGCUCUAUUCAUUCGGAGGACGGUCAGCCAUUCGGUGCCAGCGUCCUGACAAAGACAGACGGACCGAUCGCAUUCUUUCAGCAGAUGUGCGUACAAGGUGAUGCACUUUGUUCAACACCGUACGGAUUUGAACGAUAUCCACAAAGCCUGCUCAUCGGUCACGCCAUGAAGCCUCCUGCUUCACUUCACACACAAUGUCGAUCAGCGAUGUUCUUCUACGAGACCGGCGAAUGCAUCAUAAACCGUGAGCGACGCAGUGACUGGCCAGAGCUGUUCAUCGAUGGCGUGCAGGACCAGCUGGUCGACUAUUUUGAAAACAAUUGCCAGGAUGUGCACUGUUUCAACGGACAACUGCACUGGAUUCGAACGGAAGAGUACUACAUAAAUCACGAGAAAGACGUCAUCAUCGAGAGCAUGAGCAUUGAAAGAAGUGCAAGGCAGUUGAGGUUCUCGGUUCUUCUUCGUAGCGAAAAACUGCCUGCAACAUGCCAGCAAAAUCUCAUAACGAAUUCGAAGAUUCGCCCAUGCAUGGCGUUUCGUCUACCAAUGCCGUUAACGGAUAGAGUGGACCCAUUUACAGCUGAAAACUGGGUACACGGGCAGGCGCGGCAAUUCGUUCAAUUUGAAGCCGAUUUCAAGUGGAGAGUACUUCGAGAAAUAUUGCCUACA